AUGGAUUCUUCCGGGUUAAAAUAUACCAGUAUUGAACAUCUUUUACAAUCUGCGAAGCUCUCCGAGCAACAAGUCCGUCAGUAUGAGCAGAAAUCGUUGGAUACCGUGUUCAUGUCGAUGAAAAAGAUGCAAACGGCGAGUGAGAAGGCACGAGGCGAUCUGGAAGAGCAGUAUCGGUUGUUGAUGUUGGCUGGAGAUUUGGCGAAUAUUAUAACGAAAAGCCCAAGAUUUGCCAAAUGGGUUAAUGAUGCCGCCAAUAAUUCUCUGUUCAAGGCUCAUUUCAAACAGAUUGUUGAAGAUGGUGGGAAGCUGCAGAGUGUGCUGAAAAUGAAAUACGAAUCGGCUCAAGUGCGACGUGACAAGCAGGAGCGUGCCGCUGCUCAUGAGGCUGAAAAACGGGCGGCCGCCACUCCGGUUCCAGCGACAAUGAGGUCUAUCCGGUCGACUAUAACACCGAGAGAGCUGAUUAGGAAGGUUGAGAACGAGGAGCCGAAGAAAAGUGCGCUGAUUUUUGAUUUGAGACAAAACCAAUCCGAUGCCAUCUUCUAUAAUCGAAGUGAGAUGAUCACAGUUAUUCAACUACCGUAUGAUGCCAUUGAUAGCUCUCUAACCUUUGCAAAUCUGCGUAACCGUCUAGCCGUCAACCAACGUGCACUUCUCGCCCGUCUCUCUGGUUCCGAUUUCGUCGUUCUGAUGGACGACGACUCACCUGAACUCCAUAGUCACUCGCCAGCACCGAAAACGAAGAUGUCGUUUCUUUUUAAGGCAUUGACAAUGUAUAACACUGUGGAGAGACCUCGAGAGCGGCCAAUGUUCAUGGAUGGUGGAUUCAAGUUGUGGAAGGCACAGUAUCCAAUGUAUACGAGAAAUGAGCAACCCCAAACCGCCCGUUCGUUCCCAUCCGACGGUCUGGACAAAGUGAUUUCCGAGUAUCAUUCGUUCUCCGGUGUCUCCGAAAUCCGUUAUCCAGAUCUCAUGGCGAGUCCGAUUCGCGGCUCUUCUGAAAUGCCACCGGGACCGCCCAUCGCCAUAUCGAAACAACCGAUUAUACCACCACGACCAGCAGCAGCUCAGAUUCCACCAGAACCCUCUCAGAUUGCUCCGGAGCCAAAAGUGGGCGGAGUCGGCGUUUUCCAGACACCAGCUAUACCUCAGAGACCAAUGAUCCCACCAUCAACCUCUACAGUAACCCAAUUCGAGCGCCCGGGACCGCCCAUUUUCAGUCCAGGACCAGCCUCGAAACCAUUCAUCCCACCACCACCUCCUCCGAUGGCAUUCCCUAUUCCAGAUCGAACGUCCAAACCGAUUCCAGACUCGCCCGACUCACUGAUACCACGACAGAAUGGAGGAAUCGAUGGGGGCGGGGUUAAGAGACCACCGUUGUUGGAUAGAGCGACGAAACCAGCCAUGAUUUCAAAAGAGUACGAAGUGCAAAUAUUGUCAAUUUACGAUCAAAUGACGAUGGCAAUUGAACGAUCGAUUGAUGAGAGAACGAGAUCAAGAGGAAGUGGAAAUCCGGGAGCUGUUGGACUGUACAAUAUGGGAAAUACGUGCUUCAUGUCAGCCACAUUGCAGUGUCUGUUCCAAACACCCGGUCUAUCCGACGUCUUCACAAAGAAGACGUUCAUAACAAAAGUGAAUACACACAGUCGUUUGGGAUCGAAAGGAAUCAUUUCCGCCGGUUUCGCAUCACUCUCAGACACUAUUUGGAAUGGAACAUACACUGCGAUUCGGCCGUCUCGGUUUUUGCAACUCUUCGCCGAGGAAGUCUACAAAGCACUCAACGACGGUCGCCAGCACGACGCCUCGGAAUUUCAGAUAUUCUUGCUCGACGCUCUUCAUGAGGACACAAAUCAGGCGGCGCGUAUCGGAUUCGAACAGAAUUAUCGAGGAGGACAGGCGAUUCGAGAGGAAGCGGCGGAUUUUCUAAAGAAACACUAUAUGUUCACAGCGUCACCAGUGAAUCGGAUUCUUGGGAGCAUUUCCGUGUCAGAAGUUCGUUGUCUGACGUGUCACGAGUCCUCCGCCACAUUCGAAGAGAACACCAUUGUCUCUGUGGAAAUUGUAUCGACUUCAUCAUGUUCACUCGAUAAUUGUCUUCAAUCUCACUUCUCCACUACGAAAUUGGACGGCGAUUCGUGCUGGAAUUGCCCGAAAUGCAAGCAGCCGCGUCCGAGUACGAGGACGUCGAAACUGUGGCAACCGCCGACGGUUUUGAUCAUCCAUCUGAAACGGUUCUCAAUGUUCAACGGUGAUUUCGAGAAGAAUACCGCCCAAGUCUCCUUCAAUCCCGAAAGCUUCAAUAUUAGUCCGUAUCUUCACGAAGCGGCGUCCCGAGAGAGAACAAACUACAAGCUGUACGCAGCGACGCUGCACAAUGGUCGCCUGAACUCUGGACACUACACAGCUGUCGCCUCACAUCUGAAAUCCGAGAGAUGGCAUCGAUACGAUGAUGAGACGGUGACGCCGUGCGAGAAAUAUCAAGUCAAUCAAUCACUCGCCUACAUUCUGUUCUACAAACGGUGCUAA